GUCUUCAAAAUUGUUUUCCAAAUAAUGUAUAUUUUGAACCAACAAAACAUAUUUCAGGUGGAGGACAAUGCUUUAUAUUGCUAGCAUCCCAGGUAUUCUGGUUGCUAUCGGUAUGCAGUUUACCGUUGAUAGUCCACGGUGGCUUUGCAAGGCUGGGAGAAUAAAUGAUGCUAAAACAAUAAUACGUGAGCUUUGGGGGGAGUCCAAAAUUGAUAGCGCAAUUGAGGAAUUUCAAUCAGUCUGCAACAAUGAUGGUUGCGAUUCGGAUAGCAGAUGGUCAGAGAUCUUGGAGGAGCCACAUUCUAGAGUUGCCUUUAUUGGAGGUGCGCUUUUUGUACUGCAGCAGUUUGCAGGCAUUAAUGGAGUUCUUUAUUUUUCAUCGUUGACCUUUCAAGAAGUUGGAGUUGAAAGUAGUGCUGUAGCAAGCUUGUUUGUUGGGCUUACUAAUUUUGCCGGUGCAGUUUGUGCAUUAUACUUAAUUGAUAGGGAAGGGAGACAGAAACUUCUAAUAGGAAGCUACCUAGGAAUGGCAAUUUCAAUGUUUCUUGUGUCCUCUGCUAUCUUCUGUCCAUUGGACGAGCAACUCAGCAACAACUUAUCAAUACUGGGAACUAUUUUGUGAGCAUUUACUUGUCAUUGCUAAACCUAGCUUUUCUAUCC